AGCCACUUAAAUAUUCAUAUCAGAGAGAAGUGUUAUACAUGUAAGGAGUGUGGGAAGCCCUUCACCCGAUCCUUCCACCUUAAUGAACACAUGAAUAUUCACACUGGAAAGAAACCUUAUUCAUGUCAGGAGUGUGGGAAAACCUUUGCUCAGUACUCAGGCCUUACUCAUCACUUGAACAUUCAUACUGGAGAGAAGCCUUAUAUAUGUCAAGCAUGUGGGAGGGCCUUUACUCGAUCAUCCAACCUUUAUAGACACAAGAUAACUCAUACAGGAGAGAAGCCUUAUUCAUGUCAGGAGUGUGGGAAGGCCUUUGCUCUAUCCUCAAACCUUCUGGUUCACAAGAAAAUCCAUACAGGAGAGAAGCCUUAUUCAUGUCAGGAGUGUGGAAAGGCCUUUGCUCAAUCCUCAAACCUUCUCUUGCACAAGAAAAUCCAUACAGGACAGAAGCCUUAUUCAUGUCAGGAGUGUGGGAAGGCCUUCACUCGAUCCUUACACCUUAAAGAACACAUGAAUAUUCAUUCUGGAGAGAAACCUUAUUCAUGCCAGGUGUGUGGGAAGACCUUUGCUCAAUAUGCAGGCCUUACUAUUCACUUGAACAUUCAUACUAGAGAGAAGCUUUAUACAUGUCAAGCAUGUGGGAAGGCCUUUGCUCGAUCAUCCAACCUUUAUAGACACAAGAUAAUUCAUACAGGAGAGAAGCCUUAUUCAUGUCAGGAGUGUGGGAAGACCUUUGCUCAAUCCUCAGGCCUUUUGGUGCACAAGAAAACUCAUACAGGAGAGAAGCCUUAUUCAUGUCAGGAGUGUGGGAAGGCCUUUGCUCAAUCCUCAAACCUUCUGGUACACAAGAAAAUCCAUACAGGAGAGAAGCCUUAUGCUUGUCUGGAGUGUGGGAAGGCUUUUGCUCACUCAUCUGACCUUCAUAGGCACAAGAAAAUCCAUACAGGAGAGAAACCUUAUUCAUGUCAGGAGUGUGGGAAGGCCUUCACUCAAUCCUCAACCCUUUUUUUGCAUCAGAAAAUUCAUACAGGAGAGAAGCCUUAUUCAUGUCAAGAAUGUGGAAAGGCCUUCACUCAGUCUUCAACCCUCUCGACAAACAUACAAAAAAAAAUUCAUACAGGAGAGAAACCUUAUAAAUGUCAGGCAUGUGGAAAAGCCUUCACUCAAUCCUCAAACCUUUUAGUACACAAGAAAAUUCAUACAGGAGAGAAACCUUAUACGUGUCAGGAGUGUGGCCAAGCAUUCACUCAAUGCUCAAGCCUUUUAGCACACAAGAAAAUUCAUACAGGAGAGAAACCUUAUACAUGUCAGGAGUGCGGGAAAGCUUUCACUCAAUACUCUGUCCUUUAUUCACACAAGAAAAUUCAUAAAGGAGAGAAACCUUAUACAUGUCAGGAGUGCGGGAAAGCUUUCACUCAAAACUCUGGCCUUUAUUCACACAAGAAAAUUCAUACAGGAGAGAAACCUUAUACAUGUCAGGAGUGCGGGAAAGCUUUCACUCAAAACUCUGGCCUUUAUUCACACAAGAAAAUUCAUACAGGAGAGAAACCUUAUACAUGUCAGGAGUGCGGGAAAGCUUUCACUCAAUACUCUUGCCUUUAUUCACACAAGAAAAUUCAUACAGGAGAGAAAUCUUAUACAUGUCAGGAGUGUGGGAAGGCCUUUACUCAAUCCUCAGGCCUUUUAGCACACAAGAAAAUCCAUACCGGAGAGAAACCUUAUACGUGUCAAGAAUGUGGGAAAGCCUUUACUCGAUCCGCAUGCCUUUUAGCACACAAGAAAAUUCAUACAGGAGAGAAAUCUUAUACAUGUCAGGAGUGCGGGAAAGCCUUUGCUCGAUCCUCAUGCCUUUUAUUUCACAAGAAAAUUCAUACAGGAGAGAAGCCUUACACAUGUCAGGAGUGUGGGAAAGCCUUUGCUCGAUCCUCAUACCUUUUAUCACACAAGAAAAUUCAUACAGGAGAGAAACCUUAUACGUGUCAGGAGUGUGGAAAAGCCUUCACUCAAUCCUCAAGUCUUUUAUCACACAAGAAAAUUCAUACAGGAGAGAAAGCCUAUACAUGUCAGGAGUGCGGGAAAGCGUUCACUCGAUCCUCAAGCCUUUUAAUACACAAAAAAAUUCAUACAGGAGAGAAGCCUUAUACAUGUCAAGAGUGUGGGAAGGCCUUCAAUCAAUCUUCAACCCUUUUAUUACACAAAUAUGUUCAUACAGGAGAGAAACCUUAUAUGUGUCAAGAGUGUGGAAAGGCCUUUACUCAACCUGCAAACCUCUUAAUACACAAGAAAAUUCAUUCAGGAGAGAAACCUUAUGCAUGUCUGCAGUGUGGGAAAGCCUUCACUCAAUCCUCAGGCCUUUUAACACACAAGAGAAUUCAUACAGGAGAGAAACCUUAUACAUGUCAGGAGUGUGGAAAAGCCUUCGCUCAAUCCUCAAGCCUUUUAUCACACAAGAAAAUUCAUACAAGAGAGAAACCUUAUACGUGUCAGGAGUGUGGAAAAGCCUUCGCUCAUUCCUCAAGCCUUUUAUCACACAAGAAAAUUCAUACAGGAGAGAAACCUUAUACGUGUCAAGAGUGUGGAAAAGCCUUCGCUCAAUCCUCAAGCCUUUUAUCACACAAGACAAUUCAUACAGGAGAGAAACCUUAUACAUGUCAGGAGUGUGGAAAAGCCUUCGCUCAAUUCUCAAGCCUUUUAACACACAAGAAAAUUCAUACAGGAGAGAAACCUUACAUGUGCAGGGAAUGUGGGAAGGCCUUUCUUUAUUUCUGAGCCUCUCACCCCUCAGUCCUUCCUACACCCAUGAAAAUUCAAAUUGGAGAAAAGCCUUAUACUUGUCAGGAAUGUGGGAAGGUCUUUACUCACUCCUCAUUUCUUUCUAGACACAUGUAUAUUCAUACAAGAGAGAAACAUAAAUGUCAAAAGUGUGAGAAGGUCUUCUCUUCAUCCUCAAAACUUAGUAUACACAUGAGUAUUCAUACUGGAGAGAAGCCGUAUUCAUGUCAGGUUUGUGGAAAGGCCUUUGCUCAAUCCUCUAGCCUUUAUUUACACAAGAAAAUUCAUUCAGGAGAGAAACCUUAUACCUGUCAGGAGUGCGGGAAAGCCUUCGCUCGAUCCUCAAGCCUUUUAUCACACAGGAUAAUUCAUACAGGAGAGAAACCUUAUACCUGUCAGGAGUGCGGAAAAGCCUUCGCUCAAUCCUCAAAACUUUUAAUACACAAGAAAAUUCAUACAGGAGAGAAACCUUAUACAUGUCAAGAGUGCGGGAAAGCCUUCGCUCAUUCCUCAUACCUUUUAAUACACAAGAAAAUUCAUACAGGAGAGAAACCUUAUACGUGUCAAGAGUGCGGGAAAGCCUUCACUCGAUCCUCAAGACUUUUAUCACACAAGGUAAUUCAUACAGGAGAGAAACCUUAUACGUGUCAGGAGUGCGGGAAAGCCUUCGCUCAACGUGCAAACCUUUUAACACACAAGAAAAUUCAUUUAGGAGAGAAACCUUAUACAUGUCAGGACUGUGGGAAGGCUUUUUAUUAUUUUUCAGGCCUUUAUAAGCAUAAGAAAAUUCAUUCUAGGGAGGCACACAGUGUGUAAAGAGUAUAGGAAGGCUCUUACUCCUUUUCAAGCCACUUUAUUAGUGUUUAAAAUUAUA